AUGGGGGAAUCAGAGAGCGAAACCCUAGACUCGAGUGUGCAUGAGGAUGAGAGUCAAUGCACAUUUAAUCGGCAAAUUGGGACUAUGAGCCAAGAGGAAGAUCUGGAGAAGGCUCUCACUCCGCCUCAUGUGGUUUGGCGUGAGGCUUUUGAUGCCGCCACCUUGGAUGCUACUGGUGAUGGCAGGUCUUCGAAUGUUGAUAGAGAUAGCAGUGCUACUGCAACUGUUUCUUGUGCCUCUGGAUCUAGAUUAGGACGGAGUGGCAUCAGGCAUGCUUGUUAG